AUGCACUUUCGAAUUCUGUCUUCAUUAAGCCUCAUCGUGCUGCCUCUUGCCUUUGGCCAAGACGACAUUGGGCUCGGCAAUGGCACGUAUGCAUUCAAGACCAGAAACUGGGAGGCAGUAAUUGUCAAAGACUCUGCCACACUUGCAUCCCUCAAGCCAACGGGAAGCGACUUCGACUUUCUCCCAUAUGAUCUGAUGCAGCUUGGUCGUCGUGUCCAAAAUGGCUGCUACCAUUGGGGCGACAUCAAUAUCCGAUACCGAGGAACUUCAUCAGACACAUGGAAUGAAACCAGCUCCGCCACCGCGAGGCAGCCAGUCAUCGAAGCUGAAACUGGAGCUCUGGUCUCAGCUGAUUUAUCACCGACCAUGGACCUUGGGUCGUUGAAGGUGAUUCGUAAACGGAUUGAUGUCUAUGGCGACCUGGGACUGCGAUUCACAAUCACCAACUCAGGCGAUGAAGAUGUAGAGAUAGGGGCGCUGGGCUUUGCAGCGGCUGUCAACAACAUCUUCACCAAGAGAAACGUGUCGGACGUCAACGAAAGGUGUUCCUUCAUGGAGCCGUACAUAGGACAGGACGCCGGCCACCUCCGAGUUUUACCCCUGAAUGGAGUCGGCCCCGCUCUCGUCAUCACACCGUUGUACAAGACACCGUUGGAGGCAUAUCGCUGGUUGUGGGAAGAUAACAAGGGAGAGACGCGGAUCGGGUCAAACAUGUGGGAGGGGUUCUUCGAGUGGACUGUUCACAGCAAGGCUUGGGCUGAGAACGAGUGGAAGGAUGUAGAGCCUUGGAAUACCCCGACAAACACCGUACUCAAGCCAGGAGAAUUACGGAGAUAUGGCGUCCGAUUUACAGCGGUCAACGAAGGCGUGAAAAAGAUUGAUGCCGCGAUCGCGAGUGCGGAAACUCCUAACGCCAUCAGCUUGCCUGGGUACAUCAUCCCACGGGACAGCCAAGCAACUUUGCACUUGCAAACCAGGGUUGGGAUCAAUUUUAUCUCUACGUCUCCCCCAGACUCUCUCCAAGUCAUCGACCGAGGCAACAACACAUAUUCCAUUCAGCCAUCUGCAUCAGCUUGGGGUCGCGUGCGCCUCAACGUCGACUAUGACAACAAUACUACCCAGACCGUCCACUAUUACAUCACAAAGUCCGCAGCCGAGGCUGUCUCUGAUCUCGGAACCUUCCUUACGACUGAGCACUGGUUUAUCGAUGACUCGGAUCCAUUCGGUCGAUCCCCGUCAAUCAUGGGCUAUGAUGGGGAGAAGGGCGCUAUCAUCGAGCAAGAUAAACGAACAGCACCAGCAGGCCUUAGUGACGAGGGUGGGGCCGGUGCGUAUGUAGCUGCCGCUGUCAAGCAGACCUUUCAGCCCAAUACCGCCGAGAUCGCAAAGCUGGAGGAUUUCGUUGACAAGGUUCUGUUCAAAACCAUACAAGAUGAGAACUACGCAGUCAAGAGAGGGUUGUUCUACUAUGGCCCUGAGCUGGACUACAAUUACACCAUCACGUCCGGCCAGAAGAAAGAUUAUGUGUACGAGAUCAACCGUGCAUACAACUACGUAUGGCCGGCUGCGACUUACUGGGCCUUGUAUCGUGCAGGAAGAGCCUACCCGGGUUUGCUGAGGACGCAUGACUGGGAGUGGUAUCUGAACCAAGCCUACAAGACUGUGAUGAGAGGAAUGGAACCCGACAUCGGCUUCAAAGACAAGGGACUCAUGGGCGAGACUGUCUUUGGAAAGAUAUUGGUAGACUUGCAAAGGGAGAAUACGUCCGUGGAAGCACAGAACUUGACCGAUGUGAUGAGGGCUAGACUCGAUGUUUGGUUGACGGAGGCGUAUCCUUAUGGGAGCGAACAGGCUUGGGACUCCACCGGCCAAGAGGGGGUGUACUUCUGGGCGAAAUAUUUUGGUGAAACAGACUUGGCCACGCGCGUCAAGAACAGUGUGUUGGGCUAUAUGACCACAGUUCCACAUUGGGGAUACAACGGGAACGCCCGCCGAUACUGGGACUUUGUUGUUGCGGGCAAAACUCAGGUCGUCGAGCGUCAGAUUCAUCACUACGGGUCCGGGCUGAACGCUCUAGUGCUGCUUUCAGCUUUCCAGGACGACCCGACCAACUCCUAUCUCCUCCGCGUGGGAUACGGCGGUACAACUGGAGCGCUUUCCAACAUCCGCGAAGACGGCUUUGCAUCUUGUGCGAUGCAUGCGUGGCCGGAGCAUCUUUCCUGGGACGGGUUCAGCGGCGACUACGGUCCCAAUUUCGUCGGCAUGGUCGUUGGUUCGGGCGCGUAUCUCGUCGAUGACCUGGACUAUGGAAUGAUUGCUUACGGUGGGAUCUUGAAAGUCGACGACGAUCUUGUAACCGUGCAAGUUCGAGACCCUCUGCGUCGGAAAGUCUUCAUUGGACCUCUAGCAGUUGAUAUUGAGAUUGAUGCAGGCGUUGUUGAGCAGUUUAGCUAUCAUGUGAAAAGUCAUACAAUCUCCUUGAAGAUAGGCCAACUCGAAGACGGUCCUGAAGCUGAAGCAGCAAUCUUGUGGAUUACUGCCGGCGCCAGCUCUACCAAGGAGGCCACCGAGUACACGGUUGAGCUCUGA